GAUUGUGAGAAACCGGAAGAAACAAAGGUUUACGUUUGUCAACGCGAGCAAGCUAAAGCUAGCUGACGUUUUUCUUUUUCGUUUGCCCGUUUAAAGAAUCGCAGAGGAAAGAUGGUUUGUGAAAAGUGCGAGAAGAAGCUCGGCAGAGUCAUCACUCCUGACACCUGGAAGGAUGGAGCACGAAAUACAACAGAGAGCGGUGGACGUAAGCUGAAUGAAAACAAGAUGUUGACUUCAAAGAAAGCCCGGUUUGACCCUUACAGCAAGACAGGAUUUGCUACCUGCAGGAUCUGCAAGAGCUCAGUUCAUCAGUCUGGAUCACACUACUGCCAGGGCUGCGCUUACAAGAAAGGAAUCUGUGCCAUGUGUGGAAAGAAAGUGCUGGACACCAAGAACUACAAGCAGACGUCUGUGUGACGGCUCUGCUGGUGAACAAACAGAGACUGUGAAAGAGAGAGAUGUGGAGAUGGUUUGUCCUCUUACUUUAUCCUAUAAUGCUGCUGGGUAAUACAGCAGCCGUACACAGACGAGCCGGGCCGUCUCCGAACACACCGCCAGUUAUCACUCGCUCCUCAAGUCAAGCCUUCCAGAUUUUUUGUGUAUUUUAAAUUCAGUACUUAGACUUGUGUUCUUUCCUUUUUGCAGCACAUUGAUUUCUGUAUGUAAUAUAUCCUGCGUUGUAUUUUUGAGUGAAUUAAAGCUUCCAAUAUGAGAAAGUU